AUGGUUCAAGAUCGAUUCUCUAGAUGGGCCAAAAAUAAAAGCACCAAUAACAAUGUAAAGUCUGAAUUGGACCAAUAUCUUGGAGAGCCAAGAAAAUCAUACGAAAAGGAUUAUGAUGUUCUAGCAUAUUGGAAGUCAUGUCAGGCCCAAUAUCCUGAUUUGUCUCGACUAGCUCGUGAUAUCUUGGCAAUUCCUGUGUCCACAGUUGCAUCUGAAUCUGCAUUUAGUGCAGGGGGUAGGGUGCUUGAUAAAUAUCGAAAUAGAUUGAUCCCUAAAAACGUUGAAGCUUUGGUAAUUGUUUUCUACCUUUAUAUAGCUGAGGAGGAUGAAGAGGAAUUAUUUGAAGCUUUAGAAGAUGUGUUCAAGAACAUAUUCUUUCUUACAGUUUCAAGUUCACCUGACUUCAAGGUGAUAGUACAGAAAUUAUUGGGACAGAUUUUUCCAACAAAUCCAGUGCCCCAUUUUCUGAGUGAAGAAGAAGCAAUUAUGAAGCUGGGAAACUUGAUGACUCAGAUAGCAACAGAAUCAACAUUGUUGGUUCUUGAUGAUGAUUGGGAGGACUCAGUUGUUCGAAAAUUUGUCUUUGGAGCAGUAAAAUAUAAGAUCCUAGUUACUUCAAGAACUCAAUAUCAGGCCUUCGAUAAUAAAUAUUCCUUGAAAAUGCUCGACGAUGCAGAUGCCAUAUCUCUCUUCCAUCACUCAGUAUUUCCUCAAAAUGGGAAUGUGAAGUAUGAGGAGCCUGACAGGGAGCUUCAAAUGAAGAUAGUGAGAGGUUGCAAGGGAUUCCCAAUGGCUCUUAAGGUGAUUUGGUCACUCAUUGCAUCUGCAGCCUGCCAGGGUGUGGCAACAAAAAGAGAGGAUGUUGUCAACUUAGAAUACUUGAAUGAGGAGGUUCAAGAAUGCUUUACGGAAUUGGGUUCCCUUCUGAAGAUGAAAGAAUCCCUGCUUCAUCUCUUACAGAUAUAUCGGUUGAACUUUAUGGAAUAG